CUGCGGAAAGUCUCCUCUGUCCCAGCGGCAGCAGAAGCUCCGGGAGUCGCGCUGCCAGGCUCCAUGGGGUCCAGACAGGGCAUCCCCUCGCUCAAGUACAGCGAGAAAAGAUCGACUAAACUCAGUUUGAAUCUAUUGGGUGGAUCCAUGAGUGACAGCUGUGCUGCGAUUGGCUGCUCCAGGAGGAGGCUGCCAUGACACAGUAGAUGCUGCACAGAAUCAGUUCCACAGCAUCAGCAGGCAGCGGACCUCCAUCCUUGUUAUCCCUCUCUCCUUCUCUUUUUUUCUUCUCCUUUGCCUCUCAUCCUCUCACCACUUCCCUUGUUCUCUCUUCUCUCUCCCUCCUCCUCCUCCUCUUUUUCAUCCGACAGACAGGGAGGAAUAGCAGCAGCAGCAGAAGCAGGCGGACUGGUAGGUGUGCUGAGGCCUGUCUCCCUCCUGCAGCACAGGCAAGACAUCGCGUUCUCCUCUGAUCUCUUUCAAGGACUAUUUGAGAGCCUUUCCAUCCACGUCUGCCUGCCUCACAUCUUCUGUCCCAACACUUUUUUUAUCCUCCUGCAACUUCUUUUUUCUCUCUGUCCUUUUCCUCCUCCUUAAAACCCUCUUUCCCCUCCCUCUCCAUUCUUGUCCCCAUCUGCUCUUUAUGCAUCUUCUUCUUCCGGUCGGCUGGUUUCCCAGGAUGCCUUGUUCCAGGCCGCUCCGCUAGGCCCUAGCAGCAUGGGCGGAGCCUGGGUGGGGAGAGAGAGCACGGACUGGACCCUUCCCCUCAGGACGGGCGCGCUGGCGGGUCACCCUUCCUCAGCUUCAGAUGGGCGAGGACGCUGAGAGCCCCAAAAUCAACCAUACCUUCCUGCGAGACUACGUCACUGAAGCUGAUGUCAUCUCUACGGUGGAGUUUAACCAGACCGGGGACUUGCUGGCCACGGGGGAUAAAGGUGGCCGAGUGGUCAUCUUCCAGAGAGAGACUGAGGCUAAAGGGGAGUCAGAGGAGGCAGGGGAGACGGGAGACUCUGGGGAGUACAAUGUCUACAGCACGUUCCAGAGCCACGAGCCGGACUUUGACUACCUGAAGAGUCUGGAGAUUGAAGAGAAAAUCAACAAGAUCAGAUGGCUGCCACAGCAGAAUGCAGCACAUUUCCUCCUCUCCACCAACGAUAAGACCAUUAAACUGUGGAAGGUGAGCGAGAGAGACAAGAGACCAGAGGGAUACAACCUGAAAGAUGAGGAGGGACGGCUCAAGGACACCUCUACUAUCACCUCUCUGCAGGUCCCGGUGCUGAAACCUACAGACCUGAUGGUAGAGGUUCGUCCCAGACGAGUGUUCGCCAAUGGACAUACCUAUCAUGUUAACUCCAUCUCAGUCAACAGCGAUGGGGAGACCUACCUGUCUGCUGAUGACCUCCGCAUCAAUAUGUGGCACCUGGGCAUCACGGACCGCAGUUUCAACAUUGUGGACAUCAAACCAGCCAACAUGGAGGAUCUGACGGAGGUGAUAACAGCAGCAGAGUUCCACCCCCACCACUGCCACUUGUUUGUGUACAGCAGCAGCAAGGGCACCCUGCGCCUCUGUGACAUGAGAGCCUCCGCACUUUGUGACAAACACACCAAACUGUUUGAGGAACCUGAGGAUCCAGGGAGCAGGUCCUUCUUCUCAGAGAUCAUUUCCUCUGUGUCGGACGUCAAGUUCAGCCACAGUGGACGCUACCUGCUGACCAGAGACUACCUCACCGCCAAGGUGUGGGACCUGAACAUGGACAAGGGCCCCGUGGAGACAUACCAGGUUCAUGAAUACCUAAGGAGUAAGCUGUGCUCCCUCUAUGAAAACGACUGCAUCUUUGACAAGUUUGAGUGUGUUUGGAACAGCUCAGACAGCGUCAUCAUGACAGGGGCGUACAACAGCUUCUUCCGGAUGUUUGACAGGGAGACGGGGCGAGGCGUAACCCUGGAGGCUUGGCGAGAGAGCAGCAAGCCUCGGGCUGUGCUGCGGACCCGGCGGGUGUAUACUGGCGGUAAGCGUCGCCGUGGAGAUGUGGGCGUUGACAGCCUGGAUUUUACCAAGAAAAUCCUGCACAUGGCUUGGCACCCGUCAGAGAACAUCAUUGCCAUAGCAGCGACCAACAACCUGUACAUCUUCCAGGAUCGUGUCAACCCUGAGACGCAGGCAUAGUGACAGAAAUAUGGACAGUGGCAGACACAGUGCUUACAUCGACUGUCACAGACAAUGAUCCAAAUAUAUUUGCCUGUUUUAGAUGGCCUGUAUGGGAAGAAAGCCAAGUUGUUUCACAACAUGCUGAGAUGCAACAUCUGUUUGAGCUGACAAAAGAUUAGAUUCAUGAUGAAAAUGACAAGGUUGUUAAUUUAUUUCAUCCCCAAGGAAGGUGUAUAAUCAUUUUUUGCUCAACGCUUAGAUGAACUGGCAUCUCCAGCACCCAUCAGGACAUGUUUUUGGUCCCACUGCUCCCACUUUUUGAAGAUGUUUGUGUUUGUCCCUCUGUAGGGACAGUAAAAGAGGUGCGGGGACACCUCUACAUCUGCAAUGACUCAGUGCUGUUGACCACACAAUGUUGCACUUCUCACUGAUAUGCUCUAGUACUUUUUGACACAAAAAAUGAAAGGUUUGUGCUCUGUAUGAACAGAGAAGGAAUGAUGCUUCGAAACACAAUGUUUUUGAGAUGUUUAGAUUGCCAAUUCCCAAUGACUUUGCAUCUAAAUUGAAGUAUUUUUUUUCACUACUGUGGAACAUCUGGAGAGAUGUUAAUCAGCAGCUCCUCACAACAACAUCGUGAACCUUUUUUUCUCAACAGAAGAACCUCUCCUUUAGAGCAGUGCUCUUGGAGAUUGCACGCAUAAACGACCCAUAGUCUUUGCCCUAUUCACUUUGCAAUAACAGCACACAGAAAAAUAUAGUGCAGCAGUGUUCCUGCUUUAAAACAUGGGCUUUUCUUCUACAGGUAUACACUCUUUUUACUGUAAGCUGUAAAUAUUCAGUGUUCUUUUUUUAAAGUACCAAUUUUGGUUUGAGAGAGAUAAAAGAUUAAACUCUAAUGUAUAGAAAAGUUGCAGAAUUGCGCUAUUCCAGUUAAAGAUGUGGAGACUUUUUUCUUGCAGCAGUACAUAGAUAAGUAUCAUUGGCUGUAGAGAGGGAGGGGUGAGUUGGGCACAAACCAACACUGUUUUGUUAUGUAUAUUAGGUCCACUACUGUAUUCAGACCAUUUCCUUGUCUAAAGUCUACAUACAUUUGGUACAUUACAGAAAAAUGGGUGAUAACGUGUUAAUGCUGAGCCCCAUCACAUAUGCUCCAAUUGAGGCUCAUUGGUGAUUAAAUCUAAUACAGACAUAUGUUAAAAAUGAGCAGUGUUCAUUUUAAAGUGAAUGAGCACAAUUUAAAAGUCUUACAAUCAAGAAAAAGUUGGAAUCUAAGCACAUUAUUUCUAAACAAGGCCCCUGAUUGAGCCAAUCAAAGUUUUGGUGAGUAAGUUUGUGUGCCAGUGCAAUAGCUCAUUAUGUACAUUGCUGACAUGUCUUUAACAUUAAAACACUCAUGUCAUGUGAAUUUAUCAUAUACAGGUUCUUAGUGUCAUUAUACCAUAUACCUCACAGUGCCACGUGCUACUCUGGGAUGCCACCCUGAAAGCCCAGGAUGUACAACAGUAAGGUGAUGUCUGUGUUGGACUGAAUUUUGUGACUUGGUCAAGAUUUGAUUGUUUACAGUGAAGUGCUUUGUUUUCAAGUGACCUUGAACCUGAUGGGAAUUGUUGUAAGUGGUCCAGAUGUGUACUGUAGCAGGUGGAGUAACAAUGUCAGUGCAAAGAAAGUAUUAAGUCCCUUUGCACUUUUUCAAACGCUGACAAGUAUUCAACAACAGUUUCACUGUGCAAACCUCAAACCCCAAGAAAAGAAGACAAUUGUUAAUAUGUAUGUUCCACUUGUUUGCUCUCCCCUUACUUUUCACCACAUCUUGAAAUCACUGCUCACAGACGUUUAUGUUGCAGCGUGUGGGCUACUACUAUGUUUUGGUCUUCAGUGUCCACCAGCUUUGUUGAAUGCUGACACGAUCUUGCACUGACUGGUUUAACAAAGUGUACAAAACACAGAGAAAUCCACAAUAACGACAACCCACAAGAAAAUGGUUUACAGCGUAACAGGCCACCUAAAGCAUUAUGUAAGUCCCAGGGCCCAGUCCUCCGACAAUGAGCUGUAAUUUAGAGCAGGUCAGUUAUCAUCACAUCAUAACCACCGCCACACACAACCAGUGCAAGGUUUCGUGUUCAGGAGCACAGCCGCAGCAGCAUGUUGCCAUUACUCAGUGCUACUAGCGUGUAUAUCUAUCAUACUUUAAAAAAGACAAAUCUAACAAUACAAAAAACAUAACUCAAAUGAGAUGAAUGAAAGGAAUGUGCAUUAAUAAAAUAAUGUGAAA